AUGGCGCGACCUACCCGUCGUAGACCGCAGGCUCAGGUUCCAACUCAGGAUCCAACUCAGGUUCCGCCUCAGACCCAGACUCCAGCUCAAACCACAACCCAGCCAGUCCAGCAGCCAGUCCCAGCUGCACAAGGCCAGCCUGCUCAGCAGAACCAAGCGCCUGCUAAUCGGCGUCACAUCUCUGGACCGCAAUCCGCUUUGACAGAUUACCUUGCUAGUCACAACAUUUCUGCAAACCGCAUUCGCCGCGAUGCUGACCAACGCCGCGCCGCAGCAGCGCAAAGCCAGCGAGCCCAGCAGAAUGAAGACAACUCAGAUGACGAAGAGGAAGCUGGGGAGGCUGAUGCCAGCUCAUCCCGUAAAGAGACUACCGCUGAGAAGGCUAAGCGCCAGAUGAAGGAGCUGCAGACCAUCGCCAAGAUCAAGGCUUCCAGAGCCUUCAAGGCCCGCAAGCGCAAGCGAGGUGCUGACGAUUCCGAUGAUGAUGAUGACAUCGCCCGAGCCGUCAUGGAUCAGAUGGCACAACCGCUUCCUGGUCAGAUGGACAAUUGCGAAAUCUGCAAGAAACGCUUCACAGUCACUCCCUACUCCCGAACUGGACCUGAAGGUGGCCUUCUCUGCGCAAAGUGCAGCAAAGAUGCUGCUGCUGACGACAAGCGUGCCAAAAAGAAGCCUCGCAAGGCGCCAACGGGAGGCGGUGGCCGUCGCAAAGUCCAAAGCAACAUCCUCGAUGGAACCUACCACACUGGCGCAAAGAAACUCACGACGCUCUGCAUUGAGACCUUAGCUAAGAAUGUUGAUCUCGCAGACAGCUUGGGCGAGUUACCAGACCACAUCGUGGACAGAAUCGCCCGUCUGUUCUCCAAGCGCCGACUCCUCAACCCUCAGACGAUGGCGCUGUUUCUGCAACCCUCAACGUCAUUCAUCAACAUUUACGAUGGUGCGAAGCUGAAGACCGACGAUUACAUGGCCAUCUUUCAGGUCGCCUCGAAUCUCCAGGCCUUCAAAGCUCGCAACUCGAUUCAGUUCAAAGACUCGGUCAUGGGGUACCUCUUGGAUCGCGACAUUCAGUUGAAGUCUUUCUACCUCCACGGAGCCAACCUUCUCAGCGACGACAUGUGGACUAGGUUUAUUCAGGAAAAGGGUGCUUCCUUGGAAACCCUCCGAGUUUACUAUACAGACAGGCACUUUGGAGAUGAGAUGCUGGCUUUGCUCCCAGACAACUGUCCCAAAUUGGCUCGUCUUAAGGUCUAUCACAAUCAAAAGGUCACGGACGUCGGCAUUGCGGAGAUUGGCAAGAUCAAGAGCCUGAAGCACCUGGGUCUUCACUUGCAGCAUCGGAUUGACCCCAAGGUUAUGGCGUCCACUAUCCUCAGCAUCGGAGAACACCUGCAAACGCUCUCUCUACCGCUGUUUCUCGACGCCACCGACGAGGUCUUGGCUGCUAUCAAGAAGUCCUGCCGUUCCCUCAAAAAGCUGUGCAUCAACGACAGCGAUAAGUUGACCGAUGCGGGAUUCGUCGACCUCUUCACUGAUUGGGGCAAUCCGGCCCUCGAGAUUGUCGAUUUCGAGAAGUGUCGCCACGUGGACUCCAAUAAACCGAGAGAGAACCCGGACAACGUAGGCCUGUGCUCCGACGGCUUCCGUGCCCUGAUGAAGCACUCGGGUCGCAAGAUCAGGAAUCUCAAUAUGCAUAGCUGUCGCAACAUCACACGCGACGCUUUCGAGGAUGUCUUUUCAGGUGAGAAGCAAUACCCAGAGCUUCUCAAGCUCGAGAUCAGCUUCAUCGAGGAGGUCGACGAUUACGUGGUCGGAUGUAUCUUCCGCAGCUGUCCCAACAUCCAAGAGGUUAACGUGUUUGGCUGCAUGAAGGUCAAGGAUGCACCAGUCCCUAGAGGCAAGGUUUUGGUCGGUGUGCCGAACGCCCUGGGUAUGGUCAUCGAGGGCUCAGCGGACUAG